AUGCUGAUUGCGAAAGAAGCUCUGAGUCAGCCACAGUCUCCAUCAUGCAUCUCAAAUAUCAGUGUGCCGUCAAUAGUGUACGAAACUCUGUCUGUCGUAAGUCCCUUUCUAUUCCUUUCAAUUGAGUUUUGUACAAUGUGAUGAGUUUUCAGAGAUAACCUAAUGACAGUUGUAUCAUUAUGUGAUUAUUAAUUAUACCACAGCAUUGUUGAAUACUCAUUUACAAUUGGCUAAAAAUGGCAUUCUAAAAUGGACAUUAAAACCAGCUAACGGGACAGUUGAAAAAUAUAUCGGGACAGUUGGAAAAUAUAUCUGGAUUAUGACACAUUAUGUGCCUACACAUGCAGACCGUACUUGCUACAAAGUUACAGAAAGCUAAACCAACAAACCACACAAACCGAAAUUGGAUACAUUGUAAACGCAGGUACAACAAGGAGUGUUUGAUAUGCAAUGCGAUCUCCUCGUAAUGAACAGUGUCGAGCAUCCUGACGGAAAGGCAAACUUUUCUAGCUAUGCCAGGCAAAAUCAGGCUUGAUCAGCUCAUUGUUAUGGAUGUAUCCAAAUUAAUGCCAAUAGAAAAAAGCUUUUAACAAAUGCAAAUGCAUCUACUUUGCUGUUAUUCUGGCAGCAGAGGUCGUGACUGUGUUAGCCAUAGCUAGUUGGCUAACUAGCAAGAAAGGGACAAGAAGGUUGCCAGCGAGCACAACAAAUAGAACGAACGACUGGGUCUCUAGCAACCAAAAUAUGAGAAAGUAUGAAUUAUCUUAUAAAAAUGAAAAUCAACGAAAAAAAUAGUAUUUAUACCAGUAAAUGUUGUGCUUUAGUAUUGUUUUCUUUGGCAACUGUGGUAUAAGCGGGAAAAAUUUAAAAGGGGACUUCGCUCCACCUCGUCCCACUGCGUAGUCAAUUAUUUCCAAGGUAAACUUCUUCUUCUUGUAUGAUAUAAUGGCGGUCCGCAAACCAACGUUAAAAGGUGAAUGCCGCCACCUAUUGUGCUGGAGUGUGUGGUCAAUCACGGGGUUACAACAUUUCUAAAUCCUCCUACCUAACUCAGUACUUCUGAGAAAAUAAAAAAGAGCCCUACUAACUUCUAAUAGACCCUCCCCAUCCCCAUAAUCCCUUUCAAACCCCCCCCCCAACCAACCUCAAUGACCCUAUAAUUCCAUCUUUCCCUCUCUUCAACAUACUUACAACAAUAUAACAACACAUGUUCCACCGUUUCUUUCCAAGGUAAUGUACAGAAUGUUGACAUUCAUCCCUUACUUAUUAUCUUCCUAAUAGGACACAAAAGGCCUCCGCUUCGAGAGUCAUCUGCAAGUUAUGUUGGUACGUACACAUAAAAAAUCCAAUGAGACAUUCAAGUAAAUGUGACAUUUUGUAAUACUACUCAUGAUUAUGAUUCUAAACUACAGUCUUGGGAAGACCCUGACUUAUCAUGGGACACAUCAGUCUAUCAUCAUGAUAUGGUGGUCCUGCCUGUCAGCAAAAUCUGGACUCCUGAUCUCCAUGUGACUAAUGGGUGAGUCCACUUACAACAGAAUACAAUAACCUAUGUUAAAUUUAUUCUUGAUUCCUUUUAUAACAUUAUCUUCUAAAUAGUGAGUGAAAGAUCUACAGAAAUCAAUUAGAGAUACAGUAUUUAUGUUUUGAGUAGCUAAAUGGUUAGGUGGGACAGUUUCAGUAGAUCAAUCCUCAGUUGUCUGUCCUCAACCUCAUAUCUAGAGUGCAAACAACGAUAAAGCACGGCAACAAGGAUUUGCUGGUGCACAGCAACGGGACUAUAGAGCACAUGGUCAUCAUGAAUACUGUGGUGGGCUGUGAGGUCAAUCUGUACAACUACCCCUUCGCUUCGGAUUUCUGCCCCAUCGCCAUCAAUGUCAGGGCACUUAGG